AUGCGCUCGAAGUCGCCAGAGGAGCGUGGAAGACAAAAAGUAGUCCGAGCGCCGACUUACAGAAUUGAGAACGAGUACAAUCCGGAAGCUAUGCCUCAGUAUUUUCAGAUUGCGGUCGAUAUUUUAAAAGUAACCAAUCUGUUUUGGAUCAAUCCUCAGUCGUCUAACGCGUACGUUGUUAUAAUUAUUGGUAAAGUGAAGUAUAAAAUGAUUAUUGGGAGAGACAUGAACAGGGUUUUUAACAGAGAAAGUUUUAUCUUUGAUAUGCAAGUAAAUCUUCAUGACCUUCAGCAUACAAAUCUGUGGCUUGCUGUUAUGGAGCCGAGGUGCAGAGGUUCUCGUCUCUUGGGGGAGUCUAGUAUGAACCUUGGAGAGAUUUGGGCACAGUCGAACCAUCAAGUCUUCCACAAGUGGGUUCAAUUAAGUCCUGCGGGUUUUUUAAAAGUAAACGUGAGAAUUAUAUUAAGAGGAGAACUGCAGAUAGCACCAGUUAUAAUAAAUGACGAGAAAUUAAAAAGCGAAAAUCUCCUAUCUCCGGGUUCUGAACGUCAAAUUGCAAACUAUGUAAUUACUGUAUACGGUGCUUUUGGACUUCAAAACCGUGAUGAAAGACAAACUGAUAAACGUUAUGGGAAACCCAAUACAUUUGUCAGAGUUUCCUUUUGCGGUCAAGUGGCGAAAACAGCGAUCCAUCCUCUAAAUAAUAACCCUAUGUAUUGCGAACAAAUAUCUAUAGCGGAAAUGUUUCCCAGUACAAGUCAAAUCAUUAAUUUCGACAUUUUUUAUAAAGAAAAUUGUUUCAAUCGGAUUAUGGGCAGGACGCACCUCUGUUUAGGGGAUAUUUCCCACGACGGAGAGAAUGGUUUUUUACCAACAUUCGGGCCAUCUCUUCUACACAUUUACACAAGCUCAAACCUGAGCACGAACGGCGUCAGUGUUGAUGGACCAUUUCACCGUGGAGCUCUCCUUGUAGCUUGCAACGUCAUAGUUCCGUGCUAUCAAAAGAACCUCAAAAGUAUAACCGUGGAGCCAGUAGCACCAAUUCGCCUUGAAAAUUUAUGGUCGUUUGAGGAUUUCUGCGUAUACUGUCCCAUUUUCGAAGUAUCGAUGCUCAAUAGUAGAAUAACCGGUCAGUCUUGUGGUGUUGCAAUUACGGUCGGUGAGAUGGUUCACGAUAACAAGUCAGAUGAAGAAUUCAUGAAAAUGAUGAAUAAAAUACGAACUCGUAAGUUGCAUUAUACGGGUAGCCUCGAUGUAAAGCAAACUCAACCUGAUUAUGGUUACCUUGAUUUUAAUACCGCGUUUCCUGUUCUGCAAUUAGCAGCCAGACUGCCCGAUUACAGAUAUAAAAUGUACCGAAAUAAUAUGAUACGUGCAGUGGUUAAUAAAUUGGAGGCAGUAUUAGAUGACGUAGACUGCCGCAUUAAGACCUAUGAUUAUUCCUCAACUGUGAUACUCACGAAAGAGCUAAUGAGAGUAUUAGAAGAUACAACAGCAGAGAGGAUACAUCGAAAAAUUAUGCAAAAGAUAAAAAACAGUUCAAAUUAUGACAUGAAGUCCGAUGAAGUUAGCGCAAGUACGAAGGAAAUAAACAUCGGUUCCAGAAAAGCUGUGAAACAAUUGCUUGCCGAUAUGAAAAUAAUAUCUCAGGAAUUAAAGGAUCACACUUAUAAUUCCUUAGAAGGCUGGCCUGGAAUUGUGGUGUGGCUUUUGAGUGGAGGAUCGAGAGUUGGAUUUUGUAAGAUUUCCCCAACUGACGUUAUAUACUCGAUGGAACCGGAACAAUGCGGCAAGGAUUGUGGAAUAUUACAAACUGUUUAUAUAAAGCCAUUACAUUGCCCUAAACAUACAAAUUUUAUGAGUGACUGUUAUUGCAUUGCGGGUAAGGUUGAAGUACUCAUAUGGAUGGGAUUAUAUCGACAUAAACCAGCUUUCGAAACCUGCUUGCCCGGAUUACAGCUCAAAAUGAGAAAUUAUGAUAUGUGCAUUAAAAGCACUGUUAUGAUGGUAGAAUGUAAGGCGUUUAUAUAUAAGGCAAAGUUGAAAAACGUGUGUAUUGGACUUAAUCCUAUUCAGACAUACUUAAGAAUAUAUGUAUUGAACACAUUCAAAGAAACAAAGGUACAAUGUAAAACUUUAACACCGGUGUGGAAUCAAGUUCUCAAGAUACAAAGGAUGGUUUUUAUGACCCCGGAGAGACUUACUAACAGCCCCGCUAUUGUUUUAGUCGAAGUUUACAAUACAGAGUUAUCGGGCAAAUCAGAACUUAUUGGUCGUGUUCAAGUGAAGCCAACUGUGAGCCAGGAGCAAGAUAUUGAGUCUGCGCCCAAGCUGAAAUGGUACGAUUUGUUUAGAGGUCUAGACAACACGGGACGGGUACUCAUGUCUGUCCAAUUAAUGCAGAUUUCAGAAAGGUUACUUAAAAAUAUCAUUUAUAGCCCUAUUGAGGAAAGCUUUACUACUGAUUUAAAUAUAUUGGAUGUUACUGAUGACUACAUGCCCUUACCAAAAUAUCUAUUGCCUGUUUCAACAUUAUACAAAGUCGAUGUAUACUGGUGGGGCUUUCGUGACGUAGAUAUAACUAGAAAACUAGGAGUCACCAUAGAAAUUGAAGACUUUAGUAUAAAGUCUAAUAUAAUAUUUAACAAACAAUCAAAUUCCAACUUCCCCAAUGGACGUGUAUCAGAAAUAUUUGAAGCGCCACUGAGUGAAGCGUAUUGCCCAAUGUUAAAUAUCAGACUUUUCGAUAGUAGUACGUUUGGUAGAACGCAAUACCUCGGUGCGAAUGUCGUGAAGAAUCCCAACAAGUACAUAUUGCGUUGGUUGGAGAAAACUGACAGAGACGCGUCACUUAAACGAGCUUCGGUAAUGUCGUCACAAUUUAUGCAAGUGAAUCAGACAUUAUUUAUAAAGAAAAGUUCAGUGGUUAAAGAAAAUAAUGUAAAUGAUGAUUGCGCUUCUGCGAGAAAAGUGGUGUCAAUGAACAGGUCAAAAUAUUCGAAAUGGAAAGAUCUGUUUUGGCAAAAGGAACCUGAUGAAGAAGAAUAUACAUUGCUUCCUAUAUUUUCGACAAAAAAUAAAAAUAAAUUAGACCCUGGAACAGCGGAACCUAAACGAAAAGACUGGUCAAAAUAUAAUAAUUUACAGCUUUUCGGUUACGAGCUGGAGAAUCAACCCGAGUUUUCAAAGUUCAAAGAUUGGUGUAGAACUCUAAAACUUUAUAAUGGAAAGAAAACAGGUAUCCGUGAGACAGACAGGCAUCUAUAUUGCGGCUUGUUAAAAGCCGGAUUGGCCAUCUAUAGAUGGCCUCCGCCCGAUAACAAGACAGCUGUUAGUUUCAGUGGAAUUGAAUUGAAUAGAGGAUUUUUCGAUGAUCAUCCGAAUAACGAUCCUGCGAAGUUUUUGAUCCGAGUUUACAUUGUUAAAGGGAUCAAUUUAAAAACGAAAGAGUUUGUUCGAAAAACGAGUCCGUACAUUGUAUUGAGUUGCGGAAACAAACAAUUGGGGAAUCGUAAUAGCUACCUGCCGAGCAAAUUGAAUCCUAUUUUCGGAAAAAUGUACGAAUUCCGGUGUAAUUUACCCGAAGAUUACUUGCUCACAAUAUCUUUGUACGAUUACGACGUCAGCUCGCUAGAUGAAUUAAUCGGAUGCACGAAAAUUGAUUUGGAAGACCGAAUUUACACUAAGCAUCGAGCUCGAAUUGGACUCCCGUUUGAAUACAGCCUAAAUGAUUUUGUAAUAUGGCGCGAUUGUAUGAAGCCGUCUAUGAUACUAGAAGAACUCUGUCUUAAGAAUCAUAUUUCACCACCAAUUUUUAUAGACAGUACCUCUCUUAUACUGAAUGGAAUAGAAUACAAAGAUACUGACAAAGGUGAAAGCUUCACUUCGAGUCUGGAACGCAAAGAGAAUUUGUGCUUAAGUAUUUUACAUAAAUGGCACACUUUACCAUUAUGUGGGUACCAUUUGGUUCCAGAUCAUAUUGAAACAAGAACAUUGUAUAACCCAGAUAGACCUGAAAUAGAACAAGGUAAGGUUCAAAUGUGGGUGGACAUUUUUCCAUUGGACACUGGUGUUUAUAUACCGCCCCCUAUUGAUAUUGCUCUUAAGAAGACCGAAGACUAUGAACUUCGGGUUACAAUAUAUUCUGUGCGAGAAUUACUGGUGGGCUCUGAUAAUUUGAAGGGUCAAUUUUCUGAUAUAUUUUUAAGAGCGUGUGUUGAAGUACUUGGACCUAGAUGA